AUGCUUUUCGGGCUUCUGGGCACGGCAUUUCAAUUUUGGAGAGUCGGGUUGCUCGUCCCUUUGGCCAGUCCCAUUGUCCCAACCGAUGCGCUCGGGUCCUUCCUCUCCACGUUCAUUGCAGGAUACGGACCCAAUUUUGGCAAUUCCUUCCCGAAGACUGUCGCCAUGCGCCAAUACUUCCACGCCAUCUGGCAGUUUUUCCCCCAUCACCGUGCCCCUGCCGCAGGCUCCCCCCACGGUGGCCGCAGCAGGAGGAUGAAGCGAAACGAAAAUUUCACUCCAAGUCCGCGCUACAUUCGUUGCAUCUAUCGAUCGCUCGCUCUGGUCUCUAGAUUGACCUUGGUUCACACUCAGCAUUCGCUUCCGGAGGGAGUCUCGCGGAUCAGUCGACUUUUGCAGGAAUCCCCCCAACUUCCCGCGACGAGCUUUGGCGACGGUGUUGCGACAUUCCUCAAGUACGAUGCAACGAUCGCGAUGAUCAUUGGACUUGUUUGGCUACCGGGGGAUGACAUUCAGUUUCGUGGUGGACGGUGA